ACUGACAGUCAGUAGCUUGUCGGCAAUGACGCGGCACGAGUUGGCGCUAGAGUACUUCCGUGUUGCCGCGCUUCCAUAGUGUUCUGUGUUCAACUUUACUGUUGCCUGCCUCACUAGUGACUCGUUUACGACGUUUCUCUGACACAGCAGUGUGGGUUUGUAAAGGCAUUGCUUCCGGUUGGUGGUGGGGUGUAUAAUCAGUUACUUUUGUUCCUCUGUAGAAUCGUUUAACAUUUUUGAUUUGUAGAGCAAACUUUGGUAAGAGGCAGAAUAUUUUAGUUAACUGAGUAGACGGGGGAUGUAAAGCACAUUGUAUCACAGUGCGUGCGCGAUGUGAGUGCGUGCGUACAAGUGUGAGUGGUAGCGUGCACGCGUGCGGGUGUCACGCAUGUCCUCCCCGGAAGAGCCAUCCUCCAGCCAUGACGCUGGGGAGACCUCGGAGCCCCACAGGGCGCCAGAGGAAGCCGCCGCGGCCUCCACUCCCGCAAACAUCCGCUGCCGAUGGAAAGCUGUCUUCAAGAAGAUGCGGAAGAGCCUUGCAGUCAAGGGCAGCCAAGACAGCUCAUCCAAAGGAAAAGACUCCAAUAAUCUAGACUCCUUCAACUGCGAUGGGGAACCUCCACCGACGUUGGAGGAAAUCCGAUGCUGGGGGAAGUCUUUCGACAAGCUGAUGCGGAGUUCAGCGGGUAGAAAGGUGUUCCGAGACUUCCUACGGUGUGAGUACAGCGAGGAGAACAUCCUCUUCUGGCUGGCCUGCGAGGAACUCAAGAAGGAAUCUAACCCGGACGUUGUAGAGGAGAAGGCCAGGUUUAUAUAUGAGGACUACAUCUCAAUACUCUCCCCAAAGGAAGUGAGCUUGGACUCGCGCGUGAGGGAGAUCGUCAACAAGAACAUGGUGGCUCCGACACCGCACACAUUCGACGAGGCGCAGCUUCAGAUCUACACACUCAUGCACCGUGACUCGUACCCGCGGUUCAUCAACUCGGCACUGUUCAAGCAGUUGGCGCAGCUGGGCAACAACAACGGCGAUGGCGGAGCGAGCGCCGGGGCCAGCGGCACGGCCACCCCUACAACCGCUGCUCAGCGCAAACAGAGCAAUGCGUAACUGUGACUGUGUACAUAGACCCUCAUGAGCCUUCACUGACUCCCUCGCCUGACCGGUGGCGUCGCGACGCGCCUCCUCUCGAUCUGUCUCUUGGCGAGGGAAACCUCUAAAGCAAGUCUUUUUGGUGAUUCAGCAUUAUCAAAACCAACAAAUAACACAUCGGGAAAUUGUUAAGGCAAACUGUCUGACUAUAACUUCCUGGGGGCACUAUCACAAACUUCGUUCGCUCUUCUUUUACCAAGAAAACGUUUUAUUCCAUGAUUUAAACCUAUGGUACUUGAAUCUGCCUUAGAAUAACGGUUGAUUGCAAAUUAUUACCAAUAUGUUGAAUCUUUAAGAAAUACCGGAAUUUCACUAUUUAGAAUGAGUUCCUUAAUAAAAAGGUGAAACGAAGUACUUUGCCUAUUUAAAACCUAUGGAUGUGGGAUUUGUUGUACAUGUUGGUUCUAGGUGUGAAUGCGCGCAAUAUCAAUUAAAAUGGGGAUUUUACAGUUCUGUGAUUGUGUCUAAACCUACAAAUGGAAAAUGUUUGAUGUGUUAGUAAUAAAAGGUUUUAUAUUUUCCACAAGCUCGGCAACGGAUGUGGUAGCUUGAAAUAUGAGAACUGAUGAAAUUGUUUGGUUUUUCAAUCAAAAAUAUUUUAUCGUGGUCAAAUUCUAAAUCCUAAUCGCAAAAAGAAAAGUUUUAGAUUUUGCAUUUUCUUACUGUAGUAAGUAUACGAGUAGAAUGCAUUUCAGAAUCAACAAAUAAAUAAAUAUCAUCUUCAUUUUCAUAUAUUUUACAAGGUAAACGUUUUGAAAAUGCUGAAUCAGCGUACUUUACAUCCUCAUAUAACCCGACCUCCGCCAAGUCAGUGCCACCUGAGGUCGGCAUGCAAACGCAAUCAAGUAACCAAUGCAAGAAAUCGAUGACAAGCGUCUCAGUAAUUCUAAAUCAGUCGAGCUACUCUGUUACCAACGUCACUGUUCGCCAAAGAUAACCAAAGCAGGCCUAGAAUACGUCUCGUAGUCGGGCCUAGUACAUCCAUUACACAAUUGUCAUUGGCUUUAACCAUUUUUAUAUACAAACUAGAUCACUUUUAUGUUUUAAUGUUAAGUGAAGUAUUUAAUAUAUCAUAAGUUUUUAUAAUGAUAGACUAAAUGACCCGUUGUCAGUAACUUAUGCUACUUAACUCCCUCAGAGUGAAGUGAUAUGGCGAGAAUGUCUUUACUUUGCAAUGGUAGUGAACUGUUACAACGCUCGAAUAAAUAUUUAUUGCUAUACAAACCGUACACAUUGACAAAAGAUCACGUUUUUUUUUUUUUUUUUUUUUUUUUUUUGCUUUGCAAUUAGCUUUUCAAUUUCUUGCUAUGAGUGGCAACGUACGUUUAUACGGCGAUAAAGCUUAUCGUUAUUUAGUGGGUACUUGAAAACAGUUAUCGGGCAAUAACAACUUUUAGUGUAACAGGUAUUUAAUGCUCUGUUUUAAUGGAAGAGUUGUAAUCCAGAUUUUAAGAAAAACAAUCUAUGUUAUUGUAUACGUUUACAGAUGUUUCUAUUAUAUCUGUAAGUAUAAAGCAGAACUGAUUUACUGUAAACAAACAAAUUUUAGUAACCAUGCAGUUCAAAACUUACUUUUAACGUAGGCCUAAGGAAUCUAAUCAGAAGUUUUUUUAACGAAAUAUCGUGAAAACUAAACAAUUUUAUUAAUUCAAUAUUGAUGUUAAAAGAAUGAAAUAUAUUUUCAAUGGUUGAUUUAUAUUAGUUAUGCAUACUCAAGAAAAGUAAUUUAGGUUUACAUUAAUAGCCGUUUGUAUUGGCGGCCAUCUUUAGUUUAGCCCCAUAAGAACAAUAUAAAUUUUAACCAAUUCGUGACCGUAUUUUUGUCCUACAGUUGUAAGAAAUGUCCCGUUCUAAAUAUAUAGCUCCAAUGUACGUAUCCAAUCACGUUUUUUAUAUUUUUCAAAAGAAUAUUUCAAACCAUUUGUACUUUAUCGUUUAAAUACUCAUAUAUACACUCAUGUAUACAGUUACAAGAAAAAACAAAAGUCUUUUAGAUGUGUACUUGUUAUAUGUUUCGAAUGAGACAUUUCUAAUUAUAGGAUUAAAAAUUAGAGCGCAAAAAAGUACUUUAAAUUGAUCUUAUUGGACAAACCUAAAGAUAGUUCAUUAUAUCCGGUUCUUAAGAGCCCGUAUCUGAUCAUUAUCUUGAUUUUAUCCAUGUCAUUAAGAGCCAGCUACAGUAAACAAAUAUGAAUUUCGCACCAUAAGAACAAGACUAUGACCUAAUGUUUAAUCGUAGAAUCAUGAAAGGUUCUCGUUUUAGAAAACGCUUUUGAUUGUUUUCUAUAUUUUUAAUGGUUAUGUUAAAAGCAUUUUUGUACUUCAACAUUUAAUUCUUCAAAAUGUUUUCUUCACAAAUAAAAGUGUUAGAGUCGAAAUAUAUUUUAAAAAUAAAACAUAUUCCAGUAUUUUACAGCCAAAAAUAAAGGCGUUCAUUAUUGUUCUAUGAGAAAAAAUCAAGUACGUUCACUAUAUCAGCCUCUUAAUCCCACAUUAAUUAAGGUCGUACUUACCUUGAUAAUUCAACUAUUGAAUAUAGAGAAAAAUAUUAUUAAAAAUACAUUAUUUAAUUUCUUAAAAAUAUAGACUGACUGUACGUACCGUGCUCACUGACGCAACUUAAAACAACUUUUUAUAUUCGUUAUAUGUUUUUGAAGGCAAUUUUUAACCUACAACCGAACAAAACCUUUUCUUAAAGGGGUUUUCAUCAUGAAGGUGGAAAGGUUACCAAUCACUCUACCUAGAUAUAUUCAGUGUCAUUAUUAAAACUCACUACAGUGUAUAGCAAACCACGAGUUGGUACUACAUGCGUUUAGGUGUUAUUCGAUCUAAGGGACAAGUUAUAAUGUAAAAUGAAAUGGCUUUCCUGGUAUAAAAGUAAAACAAUUCCUAAAUACUAAUUUGGAAUCAUAAUGAUCAUAAUAAUGACACCAUGUUUUAUAGUCUGAUUUAGCUUAUAGAUUUUAGUAGGUUUUAAUGUUGAACAAGGAUUACAUUCCUGAUUCGUGUUUGUUGCCGUUAAAAAUUAGUACCAUUUCGCACAUUGUUUGAGGUCGAGUGAGAGGAUAUGAAAUCGAAGCAGAAUUUUUUAGAAUCCCGUUAUUUUUGUCACGUUCUUUACUCAAGUGCAGAAAGUAACGAGUCGCAUGCACAAUUUAGUUUUAUUUUAACCUGUUUGAAUACAGUUGGACGCAAAACUCUGCACUCGAAACUCGUACCUAUAGGUAAAAUAUGAACGCACAAAUUCUGUUACAUUAAACAUAUUGUACAGUAUAAGUCAGUGUGAACAUAUUGUGUGGUUAUUGUUACCUUUGUUCAUUGUUUAUUGUUAUGUUACGUUACGUUGUUGUGGAUAUGAUUAUCGUUCUUACAUGUAUAGAGUGGUUAAUCAUAAGAUGUAUAUUAUCUUUGCGAGGUAAUAUUCUUCUAAAUGUAAGGGAAUGUGGUAAAAAAUUUAAAAAUUGAAUAAGCUCAGAAUUAAGUUUGUGUAGUGAGUGUGUGGUAAAAAUACAAGUUGUUCAGUAACUCCUAUAUUCAAGACCUUUAACCAUGGUAACUUCUGUCAUUCAAUUUCUGAAUGGAUAGUAAAUUAAUAAUUUAUCUUUGAAUAACAUCCGCAAUUUAGUACGGUGCUUUUUGAAAGUAUUUAUUUACGUAAUAACAAGAGUUUUACGUAAAAUAUGAAUAUUGUGUGAAGUAAUUUUAUAACAAUAAAUUUGUAUCAAAUUAAAAUACAAUCUCCUCACUAAAUAUUUGCAUGAUUAACAUUAAGAUGUUGUAACACAGCUUCUUUUGCAAACUUUGCUGGAAAGAUUUACGUGUACACUUUUUGAUUUUCUACGUUGCUGCAAUUAAUCUCUUACUGAACGACAUUGUAGUCUGUCACACAAAUUUAACAUGUAACAAUUACGCACUAGCUAAAUCAUAUUUAUUUUACGUUCAAUUAUUUAUAUAGAUUGUUCGUUGAGAUAUCGUUAAAUCGGUUACGAUCUUUGAGUUAAAUCGUUACUACAAACCCCCCCCCCAGUAUUUGUAAAUUAUUUAUGGACCGUUUGCUAAUUCAUAUACUAUUCCUAACUGUAUUACUUUAAUAUUAAAUGAUUACAUAAGUCAUGAAGUCUAAAGUAAGGUUAGGACAAAAUUAUAAAAUUUGUGUUUGUGUAUAUAUUAUUACUUGCUACCAAACAGCGGAAAAUUUUUUUACAUAAUUAUUUUGGAUAUACUGUAGAUAGUUUUUCCAUUAAUUUUUUGUUAUUUUUUAUAUAUUCAGUUUUAAUUGAAAAAAUUUUAUAAUUAUAAAAACUGUUAGUGCGUCUUAAUGAAAGUUUGUUCAAUGUGCUCAUCUAUCUCAACAUUCAAUAAAGGUCUUUUUCGUUUCAUUUCACUGUGUUGAGUACAAUUCCUAACUAAGAAUUCAGCAUUUGAAAUUCUGGAUGGGUAUUUACAGACGGUAUACUCUACUCACGUUAUCGUGCGGGUUUUAAUUGCAAAGUGCUUCGUCAUUCCCCUAUCACUUAGCAUGCUUGAUCAUACAUACAAACAAAUGCAAUGAUGUAUCCUUUAAGAAUUAAGAAAUAACACUACCAUUGCGCCGAAAGUACUUAAGCGUGGAUGAGAGUACCACGUGACGUCUCAGUGGUUUAAUCUCUUGUAGUGAUAGAACAUAGUAAGUGAAGUCCUCGGUCCCCAUCAUAGUAUGCAUUUGCCUUGAAGAAAUAUAAUUUCUUUGUGAAAGCUUUAAUGAACUCUACUUGUGAAGGAUAGAACGUUUUGGGGUGGGCUAGAACGCCAACUUGUUCUAAAUCUACUGGGCCGACACCAUGUUUUAGUGCUGUCGCUCAUUCGACUUAGAACAACCCUAUUGUUGCUGGGCGGUCCUUGAGCCGUUUUAUAGUUUUGUUUAUUUUGGAAUUACUUAUAGUUUGCAGAGGCAGAAAAAAAAUUGUUUUAUUUUUCAACCUUUGACACCCUUUAUCGACAAUCUUUGAAUAAAUUUUGAUAAAAUUAUUUUAAAGUAUUUUACUAGCUAUAGUAUUUUUAUAUAGUUAGAAUUGAAUUUGAUUUUUACUAUUACUAGUAUUUUAAUAUUUCUUCUCUCUAGUUUCAAUUUUUAAUUGUGCAAUUUGUACAACACAAAACCACAUUUGUGUUGUGGCUUCUGAUUGCAAUCUUUGAUAUUCGUAUCAUUAAUAGAGAAUCCUAGUUGAUUGAGUUAUGUUUAUUUUACAGUAUGAGUACACAGAAUUCUAGCCCGCCCCAAACAGCUAUGUAAAUAUUUGUUUUUGUGAUACUUGGAAUAACGAAUAUUCCAACUACUUAAUGUAGAAAUUUAUUUUAGCUGAAUUUAGUUUUUGAACUGUGGUGCGUCAUUGUUGGCACCUAGCAAUGUAGCACAAUAUAUGUUAUACGAUCAUAUACUGUAUAAGAUAUCUGCUGCGAGCACAGCUGGGGUCACCCCAUAUAUAAAUAAAUGUAUAAUAAACACCCUGUGUCGUGCAUUGUAUGUGUUUGACCAAUAGGACUACUGUGGACCACGUUGUCGUGUGCGAGCGUGCGUGUCUGUGUGCGUGCGUGCGUGGCGAGUGUGAAUCUAUCAUUUACAAGUUUUUACUAAGAUAUGUUUGUUAAGAUUAUGUCAGGUCUCACUUCUAGUCAAAGUGUUCCUCUAGUGACACUACUUUGCAAUGUGUACAACUUUUCAACCGAACAACUCUUGUGAUUUCAUUCCCUUGAAACAAUAUUUUAUCUGUACUCAGACAAAAUAAAAGUUGAAGUUUUAUCAUGAA